AUGAGAUUUGCUAGCCCCGAUGAAGUGCGGACGAUCGUCCGCGAGGAUCUAGGCUUCUAUCAUUCUGUUCUCGUCGGUGGUAUUUACGAGUUCGAGGAUGCGACAUAUGGCUUCAUCAGAUCUUUGCUCUUUGUUUGGCCGCUGAGAUACUGCAUCGACAGACAUGCUGCCUUGGCAGUCGUUGUCAAAGACAGGCACACGGAAAAAGCAUUCUACAAGCGGGCGCCCACGAUGGACCUGACCAGCCACAUUCAGAUUGUCCUAGGCGAGGACGAGGCCGUGGAUAAAUUAGCCAUUGUCUCAUUACGUUUGUCUUCUCGCACGCUGCUCGAAGCGUUGCACAAGCCCGUCGAAGCCGAGCAGACAAAGUCCACGUUGCGCAUCGCACCAGACCGGGAGCUGGACCUCCCGUUUGACACAUCAGAACGAUUUUCCAUAUCGUGGGGCUACCUCAUAGCACCGCUUCUAGGCGCCAUUCUUCCAAAAUGGCUCGGUACACUGUGUAGUCUCAAGGCGGGUGUGGCCAGGAACGACGCGGGCACAUGGACUGGUCCUCCGAUGUCUAUCGAUCCCAGCGACCCUGCUGCCACCCGGAUCCAGCUGCUCGAGAUCGGCAGCGCGGAUGUAGAGAAGGUACUCCGCGUUGCUCGAAAGUACGGCGCCAAGCUCGCGGCCGUCAUGCACCAGCUGAUCAUCCAGGCUCUCGACAAGGUGGUGCCAGACUCAAGGUCACCAACUGGCUGUCGCACACGGCCGUUAAUAUGCGGCCUGAAAUUGGGAGCUUCAGAUGAUGAGAUGGGCCUCUUUGUCACCGGCUGCUUCCAGUCGCACCCACGCUUGGCUCUGGGCGCAACCAUCACGGAAAACCAGCCCAUAGGGCUUCUGUGCCAUGUGCCCAACAUGCGGAAGUGGACGGCAGGAUUGAUCGGACAGCCGCGUGAUGGCUCCUACGACGUCAGCAAUUUGGGCGCGUUCUCGGACGUACAGAGCGGCUCCCAGAGACCAUCAGUCCGGCGCUUAUCUUGCGUCAAGUUGACGGCGCCAGAUGACAGUGAUGCAGACGACGAGGCUGGCGGGUCGCUGGAGACAGAGACAGCAUACGUGGUCACCUUUCUGCUAGCCAUCCGCUCGCUUGGCUACGGCUCUGCUACCAAGGUGGCCAUCAAAUUUAAGCGUGCCUGGUGGAUCCACGAUCUGGGUAAGUACAGCAUCAAGUUUGGCGGGUUUAGCUACUCCGAUAUGAACAUGCGCACGUGCGUGUACCCGUCCUACAACAUCUGUGACGACAAAAUUAAGACGGCCGUGCUACUCUGCUCCUACAGCUGGCAACAGGAUGCACAGCGCCUGGCGGCGCUUGUCUCCAGCAGCAAGGACCACGCGGAAAAGGUCCACGCUGAGGCCGAGCUCAAGGAAGUGCUCAUCCGCGAGCUCGUCUACCUGCACAUAACGAUGGUAUGGACGACAAAGCGCUUUACCGGCUCAUGA